UUAGGUGAAGAUGAAGAAACAGAACACGCAUAACAGAAGAGAAGAAGAACGAGAAGAGAAGCACAACAAGGUGCAACACCGCUAACACUUCGGUGGCUGAGAACAACACAGAGCCUCGUCGAUCCUUCACCGCGUGUUGCGUUUCCGAUCUUUCAUUUUCACCGAGCGCCGCCGUGUAUCGAUUCUUCCGGCGAACUUUACCUGACCGAUUUUGGUGACAUGGCGUGGAGGCACUUGAUAACGCAGGUUACAAGACAUCAAUCAGAAUUUGGAAUGGUCAAAAAUUUGUUGGCUAGAAGCUAUUUGUCCGCUAAUAAGUUUGGAGGCUUUACAAGGAAUAGGCUUUGCCGCUCCCAGGAGAGAUUCCAAUCAAGCUAUGUUGGUAAUCUGGCCCGUCGAGCACGUGAUGCAGAUGAAGCCAGUGAAGUUGCUCAUCUUAAAGAACUUUACCAUCGAAAUGAUCCUGAAGCUGUGAUUAGAGCAUUUGAAAGUCAGCCAUCUCUACAUGCUAAUCCUUCAGCGGUUUCUGAAUAUGUUAAAGCCCUAGUGAGAGCUGGGAGGCUGGAUGAAAGUGAAUUAGUGAAGACUCUGAUAAGAGGUAUUCCGAAAUCAGGGAGAGAGGAAGACAGUUUGGGUGCCUUUUCAGCUCUUAGAAAUGUGGGAAAAUCUACAAAAGAUGGAAUUCUUGGAACUCCAGGUUCUCCUAUUCAUAUGGUGGCUGCAGAAGGUGGGAAUUUUAAAGAGCAGCUAUGGCGUACAAUUAGGUCUGUUGUAGUGGUCUUCCUCUUGAUUUCUGGUGUAGGAGCACUCAUUGAGGAUAAAGGAAUUAGUAAAGGACUUGGUAUGAAUGAGGAAGUGCAGCCCAGUGUGGAGACAAGUACUAAAUUUAGUGACGUAAAAGGUGUUGAUGAGGCAAAGGCAGAACUGGAAGAAAUUGUUCACUACCUCCGAGAUCCUAAGCGCUUUACUCGUCUUGGUGGCAAGCUCCCCAAAGGGGUUUUGCUUGUUGGCCCGCCUGGCACGGGUAAAACAAUGUUGGCAAGAGCUAUUGCUGGAGAGGCUGGGGUUCCUUUCUUCUCAUGCAGUGGAAGUGAAUUUGAAGAGAUGUUUGUUGGUGUUGGUGCACGAAGGGUGAGGGAUCUUUUUACUGCUGCAAAAAAGCGGUCACCUUGUAUAAUCUUCAUUGAUGAGAUCGAUGCCAUUGGAGCAAGUCGAAAUGCAAAGGACCAAAUGUACAUGAAGAUGACUUUAAAUCAAUUGCUUGUGGAGCUAGAUGGAUUCAAGCAAAAUGAUGGCAUAAUUGUGAUUGCAGCUACUAAUUUUCCAGAGUCAUUAGAUAAGGCUUUGGUAAGACCUGGGCGAUUUGAUCGCCAUGUCGUUGUUCCCAAUCCAGAUGUAGAAGGAAGGCGUCAGAUUCUAGAAUCUCACAUGUCAAAGGUUCUGAAGGCUGAUGAUGUUGAUCUAAUGAUCAUUGCUCGAGGAACACCUGGGUUCUCUGGUGCUGACCUUGCAAACAUGGUUAAUAUUGCGGCUCUUAAGGCUGCAAUGGAUGGUGCCAAAGCUGUGAGCAUGCAUGAUUUAGAGUUUGCGAAGGAUAAGAUUAUGAUGGGAAGUGAACGCAAGUCGGCUGUUAUAUCUGAUGAGUCGAGAAAGAUGACUGCUUUCCACGAGGGUGGCCACGCCUUGGUGGCAAUUCAUACUGAUGGAGCGCUUCCUGUUCACAAGGCAACUAUAGUUCCCCGGGGUAUGGCUCUUGGCAUGGUUACUCAAUUGCCUGAAGUUGAUCAGACCAGUACGUCCCGCAAACAGAUGCUUGCCCGACUAGAUGUCUGCAUGGGUGGCCGGGUUGCUGAAGAGUUGAUUUUUGGAGAAAGUGAAGUAACUUCAGGUGCAUCCUCAGAUCUUUCUCAUGCAACUAAACUGGCUAGGGCAAUGGUUACUCAAUAUGGUAUGAGCAGUGAAGUUGGACUUGCCACUCACAAUUACAAUGACGAUGGGAGAAGCAUGAGCUCAGAAACUAGGCUGCUUAUUGAGAAAGAGGUGAGGAACUUGCUUGAGAGGGCUUAUACCAAUGCAAAAACUAUUCUAACCACCCAUGAUAAGGAGCUUCAGGCACUUGCAAAUGCUCUUCUAGAGCAUGAGACACUUACAGGAAGUCAGAUAAACGCUUUACUUGCUAAAGUUAACUCCCAGCAGCAGCAACAGCCACAAGUAGUUGAAACUCAGGGCAGUUCACGGUCCAAUCCUGCUGCUGCUGCUGCUGCAGCGGCGGCCGCAGCUGCAGCUACUGCUGCAGCCAAGGCUCAAGGUGUUGCCCCAGUUGGAUCUUAGCAGAAGAUUGUGUAACCUGAAAUGCUGCUAAAUAACUACUACCGGAUUAGAAUGUGCAGAUAGUAUUAUUCUGUGUUUUCCAGCUCAAUCAGUGGAACUCAACUCUUGUAUUCCUGGGUCAAGUUGACUCCAUAUUGUAGCGAGUUAAAGACCAUGUAGGUUGCUCCCAUUGAUUUGUUUUAAUAAUUUCCGUAUUAUUUUUAUAUAGUUUUUUCAUACGGCCAAACAAUUAUAUAUUUAACUUCAAUUGUUCUUAAUUAUUUAUUAGCUUCUCA